CCUAUCAAUUGGCGUGACAGAUCAAUGGAGGAUGAUAGAAUUUUUCUAGAUACAACUAGAGCGGAACUACCGGUGUGGCUAUUGAAGUGUCCGCCGGCCAUCUCGAGGGUGUUUCAAUUGGUCACCUCUAACUCUUUCUCCACAACUAGUCCGGUCAUUGCCAAGAUCGUCCAUACUGUUGAUCUCCUCCACCUUGACGAUCCCUCCUCUGAACAAUUUACACUGGAAAUGAUUCAAACUAAUCCUAAUACACCCAGGAGUUACAAGUUGAACAUGUCUAAAGAUGUUGCACCAAUGUGUGUUUUUUCCAAAUCUAACCAAGGAAAGAUCUCGGUGGAGGGGAAGGUAGAGUGUAAAUUUGACAUGGAACCUCAAAAUUUAAGGGCUUAUAGUAAUUUAUGCCGCGACAGAACGAACAAGGCUGCGGUCAAGACCAGAAAAGUCCAGGUUCUCGAGAAUGAUCAUGGCAUGUUCAUGAGGCCAAUGCCCGGCAUAGUUGUUGGCCAACUUCCAUCUAGUUUGAAGGAGAAGAGAAAAUUAGCCCAGUCUAAGCGGCAGGAUGCCAAACGAGUACGAAUGGACAAAGGAGAAAUGUUGAACGUUCUCUUUAGACUCUUCGAAAGGCAACCCAAUUGGGGGUUGAAGCAACUGGUCCUAGAGACUAACCAACCUCAGCAAUUUCUGAAAGAGAUAUUGAGCGAGAUUUGCGUGUACAACAAGAGAGGACCAAACCAAGCAACCCAUGAGCUCAAAGCGGAAUACAAGAAUUUGGGGGGAUCCAACAAUGAAUGAAUGCCAUAGGCACUGAGUACACCUGGUAUACUGCAUUUGCUCUAGAAGAUCAACAAGACCAUCGAACAAAAGUGGAUCGUCUCAGCAUCAUCAUUCUUUUGAUAGUGAUGCUUGUAUCUCUAUGCAUUAGUUCAUGUGUGGAAUUGAUUUGCACAUUUUGAUAGCGAAAUUUAACAUUACUUACUUUCAUCGUAUCAAAACUUAAUGAGUAAUUAGGAUUGUAAUCUCACUUAGGUAUGAGGAGAUGUUUGUAUUUUUUUUAAUUUACUUUGUGACCAAUGACAAAUUUUUAUGGAAUCGGACCUAUUAUUUCUGUGAUUAA